AUGGCCUCUUUCCAGCUGGGCCCGGUCUCCGCUCGAGUCCGGGUUUCCACGCUUCCUUCGACAGCUUUCGGGCGGUGUCCGACUUCCACGCGCUUCACCAGACUCGAAACUCCGUUCCCUGCGUCGACACGGGCGCCCCAAGCCCACCAAAUGUUUGGCCGUCGCUUCUUUUCCAACCACAUGCCAAAGCGGCCCAGGAUGCAGUGGCACCCCAUACCCAUUGGCCUGGGCAUCGGCCUACUAGGCGUGAUGCAGUUCUACAAAGUCUACACGAGAGACCGGGAUGAGAAGCGCCAGGCCGCCGCCGAAGGCUCCGAGCCUGGUCAAGCCGGCAAGCCCAAGAAGCGGCGCCGCAUCCGGCCGGACGGCCCUUGGCAAGUCCAGGUCAUGUCGACUCUCCCCCUCAAGGCCAUGUCCCGUCUUUGGGGCAAGUUCAACGAAUUGAACAUCCCCUACUAUCUCAGAGCUCCCGGUUUCCGUCUAUACGCAUACUUCUUUGGUGUCAAUCUCGAUGAAGUCGAAGAACAAGACCUCCACAAGUUCCCCAACCUCGCCGCUUUCUUCUACCGCACUCUCAAGCCUGGUGUCCGCCCCGUGGACCCCAACCACAAUGCCAUGGUUUCGCCGUCCGAUGGUCGAAUACUACAGUUUGGGCGAAUAGAAGGAGGCGAUAUCGAACAGGUGAAGGGUAUGACUUACACUAUCGAUGCGCUACUCGGUCAGAAUUCUCCAACUCCCAGCAUCUCCGGUACGACUUUGCUCGACGAAAGCACCAAGGCCAAAUCGGUUAAUGGAGACUUUGAAGGCGACGAGGAAUUGGUUAAGAAGGAUGAGGAAUUCGCCCUCGUCAACGGUAUCUCUUACACCCUCCCGGAUCUUCUCUCCGGUUCCAAGAGGCACGACAAGCUGUUCAAGCCCAAGGAUGAGUCCGUCACCCCGUCCAAGACUUCCGAGACUGAGGUGAGCGCCGAGCUUGCGCUUGGUGAGAAGCCCUGGUACGAUGUUCUUUCGGGUGGCGAGCGCCACACUCUCUACUAUGCUGUUAUCUACCUGGCUCCUGGCGACUACCAUAGGUUCCACUCCCCUACGGAAUGGGUUGUCGAGCGCAGACGUCACUUUGCCGGCGAGCUCUUCAGCGUGUCCCCCUACCUGCAGCGCACCCUCCCUGGUCUUUUCACCUUGAACGAGCGUGUCGUACUUCUCGGCAGAUGGCGUUGGGGCUUCUUCAGCUACGUCCCUGUCGGUGCGACCAAUGUCGGCUCUAUCAAGAUCAACUUCGAUCGCGAACUCCGGACCAAUAGCUUGACGACCGAUACCGCUGCUGAUCGGGCUGCAGAGCUUGCAGCAGCCAAGGGUGAGCCUUACCUGGGAUAUGCUGAGGCCACCUACGAAGCCGCGAGCCCGGUCCUGAAGGGCCAUGCUCUGCGCAGAGGUGAGGAGAUGGGUGGUUUCCAGCUUGGUAGCACCAUCGUCCUUGUCUUUGAGGCGCCCGUUGCCGAGCACGACGAGUCCGGUAAGGUCAGCAAGGGCUGGACCUGGAACGUCGAGAAGGGGCAGAAGAUCAAGAUGGGACAGACUCUGGGUCACGUUGAGCUCUAA